AUGGCGCCCGGACUAAUCGAUACGGAUGCCCCGCAGCCUUCCUCGACUGGUGUCAAGCGGUCCAUCUUCCCAGAUGGUCUCAAGACCACAGGACAACAGCCCCCGUCCGAAGACUAUCGCAACAACCCCGAGCUCUGGACUCAUGAAUUCAGCGCCGACGAAAUUGCAGAAAUCAGUGUAGCGGCUGAUACUUUCAUCAAUAAUGGCACGCCUCUGACUGGGAUCACCAAGAGUAACUUUCCGCUUCCCAAAUUCUCGAACCGGCUAGAAGAGCUGCGAAAGGAUCUGCUAGACGGAAAAGGCUUCUGGUUGUUCCGUGGUCUUCCCGUCGUGGAAUGGGACCUUCAAAAAAGCGCCACUGCAUACAUGGGCCUGGGUACCUAUCUCGGGUACUUUGUGAGCCAAAAUGGGAAGGGCCAUGUUCUUGGCCAUGUCAAAGAUUUGGGAGAGGAUCCGACCAAGUCGGACAGAGUGCGCAUCUACCGUACAAAUGCUCGGCAAUACUUCCACACAGACGGGUCGGACAUUGUUGGCCUUCUCUGCAUUGCGAAAUCCAUGUCGGGAGGCGAAUCAGAUAUUGCGUCCACGCACCACCUUUUCAACGUGCUGCAGGAAAGACAUCCUGACGUCGUUCAAACAUUGUGUGAGCCCAACUGGUACUUCGAUCGCAAGGGCGAGGUGAGCGAGGGCGAAGAAGGCUGGAUUCGAGGCAGUAUCUUCUAUCUCGAGAAUGAUCGAAGCUCGAACCCUCGUGUCUAUGCACGUUUUGACCCUAUGAACGUGACAUCACUUGCCCGCUUCAACUCUGGGCCUAAUGCAUGCAUCCCGCCCUUGUCCGAGAAGCAGAAGUAUGCUAUGGAGGUUUUUGAGAAGACCUGUGGUGAAUUGGCCCUCCACAUGAUCCUUGCACCUGGCGACAUCCAAUUCUUGAGCAACUCUCAGUCCGAAGGUGGCUGGAAGCUGCCAUACAGCGACAGCCUGGAGAAGAAGCGUGGUGGCAUCCAGGUCAAUGACACGCCGCCUGUGUGUCCUUUGGAUGCCGAGUAA